CAAAAGGACAAAGCAUCAACUAAAGUGUGUCCCUCCCAAAGUCGAAAGGCGAAAAACAACUCCAACUCCAACACUGUCUCCUCAAUCUCUCCAAAGUCCAAUUCAAACACGACCACUCUUCUUCAUGAUUCUGUUUUAUUAAAACCUGUUUUUUCCUUUCUUCCUCUAAAUUCACAACAUGGCUAUUCUUCACAAAAUUACAUCUUUCUCCUCUCCAAAUCCACCUCUCACUCCCCAAAACCAACGCAACCCCAUUUCCUCAAUCAACUGCACCACAUCCUCCACCUCUUCACCCUUCACAGAAAAAUACUCCACACAAAGAUACCAAAGAGACCAAUGGGUUUACCAGAAUACCACCUCCUGUAAUAAUAAUCACACCCCUUUUGGUGAUUCAAUAAGAGAACAUGACAUAGCUUUACAGCUUCCAGAGCUGAAAAAACUUGUUCAGGUAUUGAAAAAGAAGAGGGAAAGUGAAGGGAAGUGUAGUGAUGGGAAAUGUGUUUCAGGGGAUGUUUUUUUGGUUGGAACAGGACCUGGUGAUCCUGAAUUGUUGACUCUUAAGGCUGUUAGAGUUAUUAAGAGUGCUGAUUUGUUGUUGUAUGAUAGGUUGGUUAGUAAUGAUGUUUUGGAUUUGGUUGGUCCUGAUGCUAAACUUCUAUAUGUGGGAAAAACUGCUGGAUACCAUAGUAGAACUCAGGAGGAAAUACAUGAGCUUCUUUUGAGUUUUGCAGAAGCUGGGGCUACUGUUGUGAGACUUAAAGGGGGUGAUCCGUUGGUGUUUGGGAGGGGUGGCGAGGAAAUGGAUUUUUUGCAACAGCAAGGUAUCCAUGUGAAAGUUAUUCCAGGUAUAACUGCAGCAUCUGGAAUAGCUGCAGAGCUAGGGAUUCCAUUAACUCACCGCGGUAUUGCAAACAGCGUGAGGUUCCUCACAGGGCAUUCGAGGAAAGGAGGAAGCGAUCCUCUAUUUGUAUCAGAAAAUGCCGCUGAUCCUGAUUCUACUUUGGUGGUUUAUAUGGGUUUGUCAACCUUCCCUUCGCUCUCACAGAAACUAAUGCAUCAUGGUUUGUCACCUCAGACACCGGCUGUAGCCAUUGAGCGAGGGACCACACUUCAGCAGCGCACUGUGUUUGCAGAACUUAAGGACCUUCCUGAGAAAAUUGUGUCUACUGGAUUGGAGUCACCAACACUGCUAAUAAUAGGAAAAGUUGUUGAGUUAUCACCAUUUUGGCCAAUUCCUACAAAACAAGAAUCAUGUUUAAUGCAGACAUCAUGAUAAAUGAUGGAUGUUUAUGAGAAAUACUAUUACUGUGAAGAUGAAGGAUUACCUUUAUUUCUGCUCUUGGAUUGCGGUUUCUAUUGAAGUUGUCGGGUUUGCACAGAAGUAUUUCGGAACAAAUUUUUAUUCAACAUGUUCUAGAUUGGAAAUAAAAUAAUACAUUCCAUAGGAUCAGAAGAUUGGAAAUAAAACAAAGUGUUUCAGAGGCAACAUUUACCUGGAUUGGUUUUACUUUCCAUAGUGAUUAGAAGAAAAUUUUAGCCAUGAGCUAUUUAGGAUCAUUCUUUUAUAGAGAAAAAUGUAGUUUAGUUUGAAGAUGUGAUUUCAUAGUUCAAUCCAUCAAUGUUGUUUUUUUAUUAUUAUUUGGAGAUGCUCAUAUUGUGACCAUUCAUGUGUUCUACUCAAUUGCUAGUAAGCAUAAUUUAAUGGUUUCAAAUUGUGAUUUGUUGGUA